UUCCUGCUGCCGUGGAGGGCUCUAUUUCCGUUCUCUCCAGCUGAGCAGCAAAAGCAGCAGCAGGAGCAGCAGCCUGAAAAUCCCCCUUCACUUCCCCAAGGCUCCAUCGCCGAGAGGGUGGAAGGAUGUUUGCAGUGUGCCAGCCAGAUGUCCCCCUGAACGCUCCAUUCCAUGAGGGCAAGCGGGACCCGACGCUGGGCGCGGCCUUCCUCACUGAACAGGACCUCAAGCAGGACAAGAAUUUCAACUUUGUGGUGGAAGGGUAUGACAGCAAUGAGAAUUGGAGCCAGGCGGUGCUUGGGACCCAGAUGGAGGGGAGCUCUGGCCAGACAGAAAACACAACAAAUCCAGCAGAUAAUCUGGUGUUAUUAGUGCAGAGACAGACAGCUCAGGGCAGGCUUAGGGCCGCUCCCCGAGGGCUGAAGUCAGAUGAGCUGGGCCUCUCUGAGGAGGAUGUGUGCAACCCUCUCAAGGGAGCCGAGCUCAGCGGUGCCGAAGAGGAGAAAAUGGCUACCGAGGACACGGCCGAAGAGUGUGGCAGAUUGGCUGGCUCCCCCUUAGAGGACAAUGGCUAUGCCAGCAGCUCCCUCAGCAUCGACAGCCCCGACAGCAGCACCGGCAAUGCCUGGGAGGCACCCGCUGCUGCCACCAAAGACCCAAGGAACCAGCCACCGCCUCCGGGGCCUGACUCUGAUCCCGAAAACUCCUCCGACUCAGACACUGUCUUCCCGGUGCUGGCUGAGGCCUUCCAGAACCUCCAAGACAAGAUGAGAUUCAAGGAGCGGGAGAAGGAGAAACACCACAUCCACUUGGUGAUGUAUCGGCGCCUGGCCCUGCUGCGCUGGAUCCGCGGCCUCCAGCAGAAAGUGGUGGACCAGCAGAGCCGGCUGCAGGAGAGCUUCGACACCAUCCUGGACAACCGCAAAGAGCUCCUCCGGUACAUCCAGCAGGGCGUGGUGUGCCCCAAAGCACCGGCUCAUGCUGGCCUGUGAAAAAUGGUCAUCUUCCAUCUGUCACAGUUCAGAUCCCUCCCAACCCCCCAAACCUUACCCAGCUCCAACCAGUUGUUUUGUCUGAGCACAGCAUCCAGGAUUGGGCCCCACAGAACUUUGCAGUCAGCUCCCAGGUUCUG